AGUCAUCAGUCAACGCUCUUUCCUUCCAACUCCAUUGGCGGAGUGUUUCUCUCUCUCUCUCUCUCUCCAAUGGAUUGUGAUCAUCAAAGUCCAUCAUCGGAAGAGACGAAGAAGUAGGUAUGAACAAGAAGAAAGGACAAAACAGCUUACCUGAUUUCCAUACUGAACAACGGUUUUGAUAACAUAGUUUCUGGCUUUGGAAGCAGUUUGAGCUAUACCCCAUUGCAUACCAAUCACUCGCGUCAGUCUCGUUUGCUUCUUGACAGUAAGGUAGGUGGAGAUAGUGCAAACACCAAAAUUUGGAUGGGUCAGGUUGCGGAUUUGGAUGGUCUUAUUGAGGAGCCACUGAUAAAGGAAUUCACCUUCCUUGCGAAAUCCGCUCCUUUCAAUAGCUGUCAUGCCUCUACAUUUGUAGAAGUUGAUAAAGAUCACUUUUUAUUGGCUUAUUUUGGGGGUUCAUAUGAAGGAGCACCUGACGUCAAAAUUUGGUUACAAACAUACCAGGAUGGUCAAUGGGAUGCUCCCGUAAUUGUUGAUGAACAAACCGAUGUUCCAAUGUAUAACCCAGUUCUGUUUAAACUCCCAUCCAAUGAGGUGCUUUUGUUCUAUAAAAUUGGCCCGGAAGUUCAAAAAUGGAGUGGAUUCAUGAAGCGUUCCUACGAUAAAGGUAUCACUUGGACAGCAAGAGAACAGCUUCCUCCUGGUAUUUUAGGACCAAGCAAGAAUAAGCCCAUAUUGCUGGAAAAUGGCAACUUGCUGUGUGGAUCGUCUGUAGAAAGUUGGAGUUCUUGGGGAGCUUGGGUCGAGAUGACAGCUGAUGGUGGUAGGACAUGGAGAAAGUAUGGACCGAUAUAUAUUGAGGAUGAGCCUCUCAGCGUGAUUCAACCAGUUCCAUAUGAGACUGAAAAUGGGACCUUGCGUCUUCUGUUGAGAUCCUUUGACGGAAUUGAUAGAGUUUGCAUGUCGGAAUCCCUUGAUGGUGGCCUGAGCUGGGGUUAUGCAAAACCUACUGAACUACCCAAUCCAAACUCAGGGAUUGAUGGAGUGAAGUUAAUGGAUGGCCGCCUCCUACUUGCUUACAAUACAGUCUCCAGGGAAACUCUCAAAGUUGCCAUCUCGCCCGAUGAUGGGGCCACCUGGCAGGAGGCCUUGACAUUGGAGGAUGAAACAGGAAUGGAAUUCUCUUAUCCGGCUGUUAUACAAGCUAGUGACGGAUUAGUUCACAUCACUUAUACAUAUAACAGAACUCAGAUUCAGCAUGUUGUUCUACAACCAUACUGACACCAGGGCAUAUCGGUACCAAAACUUUUAGAUCAAAGAAGCAUUUUAGCAUAUGCUGCCUAGCAAAGCUCUAAAUAUUGUGUUCAUGUCAACGCUUUCAACAAUUGGAGCUAAACUCAGCAUAUCCUAUGAACUGGUUCGUUCCCGUCGCAGAAUUUUGAUGGUGCUCCACUUGAUGCUGUUGUAAAUUAAAAGACCUUGCAAAGGGAUACUCAGUGCAUGAGGCUCCCGCUGUUGUACGGUCCGGGUAGGAUUGGAUGUAAACUACAAGAUUUUAAAAGAGAGAAAAUGCAAGACGUGUCUGUAAGUUACGUUUUGUUUCGUUUGUUUCCUUCUUUUUUACAUUGUUAUUUACUUUUGUAAAGUAUAUUUCUCGACCUAAAGGCACCACAAUGAUGAGUGCUUCGAAAUUGUAUGGGGUUUUUUUGGUAGCUGAGGGAAAUAGUUACUGGGUGUUAUCUAAAUUUAUGGACAUGCACGUUUACCCUUGUAUACAAAUGAAAGCAUGAGUUAUUUACCUAUUCA